AUGGUGGGUGCAAAUAGAAAAGAUUGCUCAAGGAAGCUUGAUAAUGCACUAUGGCCUUACCGCACUACAUUCAAGACUCCCACAAGUAUGUCACCUUAUCAACCUGUCUUUGGGAAAUCUUUCCAUUUUCUCCUAGAGUUGGAUCAUAAAGCUAUGUGGGCGUUGAAGAAGUUGAAUAUGGAUUGGGAUGCCACAUUAAAGCAAAGAAUGAAUCAAAUUAAAAAGCUUGACGAUUUUUGCCUAAAUGCAUAUGAGAGCGCAACCUUGUACAAAGAGCAAAUAAAGAAGUACCACAACCAAAAUAUUGAAAAGCAAACAUUUGCAUUCAAAGACUUAGUCCUUCUCAAGGAUGAGUUUAUUUCCUGGCAAACCCAAGUCAAAAUGGAUAGGACCACUCCGAGUUAG